AGCUAAAGGCUUUCCUGAAGUGACGUCAAGGGCCUCCUUGUGGCCCCGCCUCCGCCCAACUCCCCCUCCCCACGCACGCAGCAGCAGUAAUGGCGGACUACGACUUCGAUGAUCGGGACCGGGCCUACAGCAGCUUCGGGGGCAACAGAGGGUCCCGCAGCGGCGGCCCCCCCGGAGGUCGGCGUAUGAAGGAGCUUCCCUCAGAGCCGCCCUACACCGCCUACGUGGGCAACCUGCCGCCAAACACGGUCCAGGGAGACCUGGACAACAUGUUCAAGGACCUCAGCAUACGCAGCGUCCGACUGGUGCGCGACAAAGAGACUGACAAGUUCAAAGGUUUCUGUUAUGUGGAGUUUGACGAUCUGGAGUCUCUGAAGGAGGCCUUGGCGUACGACGGCGCCGCUUUAGAAGCCGGCUCGCUUCGAGUGGACAUCGCAGAGGGACGAAGACAAGGGCGAGGGGGCGGCAGCGGCUUUGGCUUCCCCAAAGACGACUCUCGAGGCCAAGGAGGUAACAGAGGAGGCGGUCCCCGGGGAGGACGUGACGACUUCAUGGAUCAGCCCGGUGGAGGUUUCAGAGACGACGACUACUCGGGAGGGCGGUCUCGAGGAGGCGGACGUGGCGGCGACAGGCGGGGAGGAGGCGGUGGCGCCAUGGGCCGCUUCAGAGACGGGGGGCCGCCUCGCGGAGGAAUGACGGACUUCAGGGAACCGUCUGACGAGGAGCGCGCCCAGAGGCCGCGCCUCCAGCUGAAGCCUCGGACGGUGUCGGAGCCCCUCAACCAGGUGGCCAACCCCAACUCCGCCAUCUUUGGGGGCGCCAAACCGCGAGAGGAGCAGUGACGCGUUUGCGGCGGCCGAGCGAGCGGACGCCGGAAGAGCAGAAAAGAAAAGCAGAAAGAAAAAAGAUUUCAUUGUGUCAGUGUGUGGACCACCAGAAGAAAGGGCAAAGUCCAAAUCGUUGCCCAAAAGCAAGCAGCACAUUACACCUUCUUGUUUUACUUCCAUUCCCCGCAAGUUGUCGCUUUCUGCUCCUGGUCCACCACCACCCCCCCCCCCUCCCGGUCCACACCCGCUACGGCCCCCCAACCCCCCUCCCGGUCCUGUCCGAUCUAGGCUCGGUUUCUGCGCGUGGUCCAGACCUGACUCUGAAUGGGUUCCCGCAUCUUUUCUUUUGUGGACCGGGUUGUUCAGGUUCUUGUCUCGUGUGUUCUGGAUGUGGCAGACACUCUCUUACUGUACAAAAGAAAUAAAACGGCUGUUUUAAAUGUUUUUUUUUUUCUUGGUGACAAUGACGGCAAUAAACAGAAUCAUCAAACAAUGUAAA